AAUUUUCAAAGAGGGCUUGUUAUUUAAGUAGCAAGUAAGAAUUGAUGUGAUCAAAAUGCGUUCACAGAUGGGUUAUUACAAGUGCCUGGAGGGAAGAAGAGAUCAUCAUCCAGCAAGAACGAUCGUUGUCUGGGAUUAAAGGCGAUUAGAUGGACUUCAUUUACAGUUCAGUCGGCUUCUGCCAAACGGCCCCCAAACUUUAAUUGGGGUCACGGACCCUUUCAAAGGCUCUCGUUGUUUGGCGUUGAAGUGAUUCAUUUUUGCCUGUGGUUCGAUUGGAUGCAGUCAAUACCAGCUGCUCUGGGAGCUUCAUUAAGGUUUCCAGUUACAGCGUUUUUCAUGAACCGCAGUAAAACAAAUCCAUUUUUUUUUAAACCAAAAAAGCUGCUUAUGGACGGAAACACACAGAAUAGCAGAUAAAUAUUUGAUGGCUUAUGGGGAGAAUGCAUUUAGAGGGUGUAACUCAUGCUCCCCCAAUUUGCCUCCCCCUUCCACAUCCCUUUGAUCUUUCCCCGAUUUCCUCCUUCCUUGCAUCCAUCCUUUUGUUCUUUUUCAUGAGUCAACACGCUCCUGAGGAGAGAUAUUUUCCAGUUUCCUCCUCCUCCUCCUCUCUUUCUCCUCUGCCAUCACUGCAAUCAAGGCUCCACACCCCCUCCUCUUGCUUAAAAAGCGUGCACAUCCACCCAACCGCCCAUCCACCCACCGCUCUGUCUCUUCCUCGUUUUUUUGAGAGCGCAUCCAACUGAGACGGAAAAAGGGCAGGAGGAGGUAGGGACAGAACCCGGCUGGAGGACUGCCGCCGCGGGGAGGCGAGCGUCGACGUCAGCGAGGGACGCUCUUCACACCCAGACACAAAGACACCUGGCUUCAUUUACAUUCAGCGCCGCUCGCUCCAUCCUCCUCUCCCCUGUUUUGCUGCCAGACCGGAGCGUAAACACACCCACGCCGGAAACGAAAACUAAAAAAUAGGGGAGCCUGACCCGACUUCCUCAGUCUUGAGCGCUUGCUGCUCCCCACACCACACCCUGGGAUGUGUUUUUUCAUUUAUUUGAUUUUUUAACCGCCGGCUUGGAGGGAUGUUUUCGUGAGUUUACGCCACAGGUAAUCAUCUUUACUCAACGGGAACUAAAAAAAAAAUGAAGAAAAUCUGGUCAAAGAAGAAAUUUCAGAGAACUGGGCCUUCCACACGGACAUUUGGCAGAUUUACCCAUGCCUCCCCACAGUUUGGCUGGUGAUUUUUAGACUAAUGGGUACGAAGAGGAUUGGUCGUGUGGGUGAGAGAGAUGCUGGUUUCCAUAGUAACGGUGCUCUCCCGUCUGCCCUCUCUUGCUGCCACUAUGGAAGCGAAGUUUUCCGCUCCUGCCGAAAGCAAAGCUAUGACUCUGAGACCACAGAGGAUGAGACCACAGAGCCUCAGAUGGAAACCAAAGAAGGACCUGGGAGAUCCCAAGACAAGGCUGGUAGAAGAGGACCGUCAGGUGAGGGGGGAAGGAUGAUGGAUCAAAACCCAGAUGCUCUGGAUCGCAGGGCCACACUCCCCAGCGCCUACAACCCCGUGGUGGAGCGGGAGCUCCGCACUCUGAGCUCUCGCCCACCAGGGCCACAUUUGGACCCCACAAACUCCGCCAGGACUCCAAGCUCCGAUCAAGCUUGGGGACUCUCCCGUGAAGUCCCUCUUUCCUCUAACCAGCCAUCUAUCCGCUCAGACAAAAAUGGCACCAAUUGUUGCAAAAAUAUCCCGGACAAACCCAAAUUGCCAGGUCCUCCGGCUUCCGACAGCGUUGUUGUGACACCUAAACCGGCUCGUGCAGGAUCCAAGAUCUUUGACAAAGUUCGGGCCUUCGAGGAGCGACGGAUGAGCGCAGAUUUGCCAAAAGGCCCUGCUUGCUUUGACUCAGAUGACAGGGGGAAGAAGACAGGAGGUGCUGGCAAAGAGGAGGGACGAAGCCUGCAGGGUGCCGCCCAGAAAAGAGCAGCAUUCCAGCAGCGAGCGUCUUCGCUGGAGGACAAGACAAGCUACUCUCAAAGGGUCCAAAGCUACCAGAACAAGUUUGCAGAGGAGCUCCAGAGGAUCAAGAAACUCGUGAGCAAGCCGAGCUUGAGGAAGGCAUAUUCCACUGAGCAGCUGUCACUGACGGACAGGCCAAACACGCGGAAAGUCGAGCCCAUUCCUCCCCAGGUUGUGAAAAAGUUGAAAGCGAGAGAACAAGCCCUGGAAGAGAGAAGCGCUGGGAGGCAGGGGGGGGAGAGCAUGUUGCAGAGUUCCACUCAAGCCCAAAACAGAGUUGUGGAGAAUCAAAGUAAGGAAGCCAAAGGGGAAGAGAUGACACAGGGCGUUCACAGCUCUUUGAGAGAACCCAGAAUCCUUGUUUCCAAGGAAACGGCAUCAAUUCAUCAGUUACCAGAACAGCCAUUGCCAAAAGCAGCAAGGAAAAGCCCAAUCAGUGAAGGCUCAGCCGAUAAAGACACAGCAAUUCCACCAACCAAGGAAUCUUCACGCGCUUGCAGACGUUUGGGAACAGAGUCAAACGGUGUCGACAAACAAUCACUGCACAGAGCGAAAAGCCCAACGGACAGGAGAACAUCUCCCGUGAGCGCUAAGGAACCAGGGGUCCAGUUUCCGCCAAAAUCCCCCCGUUUCACCCCGUCACCCACUCGUUCGACCAGCCCCAUUCUGAAGAAGAGGAAGACAGAGGCGGGCCGGGUCUCUCCAUGUCGGAAAGUCGGCCUCCCUGUGAUUCGAGUAGACAAUGAACCCAUGGAGAUGGAUGAACCUGGAGGUUGUAGCAAAGAGGCAAACAGGGCUAAAAGAAAAGAGGGACGAACUCGCAGAAGCAAAAAGAAUCGAUCAAAUCAACACGGUUUUCCAGAAGAAGAAGGUUCAUCUGAUGAUUCAUAUUUGUCUGCGGACGACGGGCCAGCAGAGGCCCCUGCUUUUGAGAAACCUCUUGAGGACACCACGGCAACUCGUGACUCUGCUGUCAUUCUAACGUGCAUCAUCACCGGCAACCCAACACCCACAGUGACAUGGAAGAAGAAUAAUGUAGAAAUCCAGACGGAUGCAUUCCACUUGCUCAAAGCUGAAGGCGACAGGCACAGUCUGGUGAUAAAGGAGAUGAGGCUUUACAACGCCGGGUCGUACUGUGUCACAGCUGUCAACUCGGCGGGCAGAGCAUCCUGCAGCGCCACCCUGAACAUCCAAUCAGGGCCGACACAAAUGCAAUUGGGGAAACCACUUGUAUCGUCCAAAGUUUGCAGUCCGGUCCAGUCAGACGAGGAGUACUUAAGCCCUCAGGAGGAGGUGAUGGAGACCGAAGGCUCAUCUCCUCUGGGUAGAAGUGUGAACUUGAAGGAGCCCCCCUCUUUUCAGGGGGCACCGUGUGAUCAGGCAGUAAUCGAAGGUGAAGACGUUGUCAUGACAGCCAGAUUCAGAGGGCAGCCCAAACCGAUGGUGAACUGGCUGAAGGACAACGUCAUGGUAAAGACCAUGGGCCGCUUCGUUGUGCGCGAGACGGAAAACGUCACCAGUGAAUUGAGAAUCAACGCUGCUCAGAAGUCAGACGGAGGUCUUUAUGUUUGCAAAAUCAUCAACGAGUACGGAACCAAGCAGGCAGAGUGCAGCCUAAAGGUCAAAGAUGCAACUCAGGUGGCCCUUGGAAUCACAAAGGAGCUGCGAGACGUGGCGGUUCGGGCCGGAGACUCCGCAACUUUUGAGUGCCACGUGACGGGACCCGCAGACGUGGAUGUGGACUGGCUCUCGAACGGAAAGCUGAUCCAACCGGCGCUGCUCAACUGCAAGAUGCACUUUGAUGGGAAAAGGUGCCGUCUGAUGCUGAACUCUGUGCAUGAGGAUGACAGUGGGACCUAUGUCUGCAAGCUGAGCACAGCUAAAGAGGAGUUGAUCUCGAGCGCAAAUCUGACGGUCACUCCAUCCAGGGAGCCGCUCUUUACUCGUAAACUGGACAUCCUUGAGGUAAUAGAAGGACGUACUGCGCGGUUUGACUGCAAAGUGAGCGGAUCGCCUGCGCCACGAGUAACAUGGAUGCACUUUGAGGCACGAGUUGAAGAGAGUGACAACAUCCGAAUCCUACAAGAGGCCGGCCGCCAUUCGCUGGUCAUCAGCCACGUCAGUGGUGACACGGAGGGCUUCUACACGGCGAUUGCUGAGAACAUUCAUGGAAAAGCUGAAUGUACUGCUGAGCUCUACAUGCAAGAACCCAGAGCUGCCAUCCCUUCUCACAUGACGAAAUUGGAGAAGAUGCCGUCGAUCCCCGAAGAGCCAGAAAUGCUGGAAAGUGAGGUGGAGAGAAGGACCAUGCCGGACUUCAUCAAACCUCUGGGUGAUGUGGAGGUGAUCGAAGGGAAGGAAGCGGUUUUGAAGUGCAAAGUGGCGGGCCUGCCGUAUCCAACCAUCUCCUGGUACCACAAAGGCAAACCCAUUGAAAGCAGCGAAGAACGGAAAAUGACUCAGUACAGGGAUGUCCACAGUCUGGUGAUUCGGAGCGCUUGUCAUGCUCAUGGUGGCGUCUACAAGGCGGUCAUCUCGAACAAAGUGGGCAAAGCAGCCUGCUAUGCACACCUUUACGUCACAGAUAUUGUUCCGGACCCUCCUGAUGGACCUCCAGUAAUUGAAGCAAUCACUGGAAAAACUAUAACCCUUAGCUGGAAGAGACCAAAGAGGCUUGACCCUUCACUUGAUACCAGCUCCUUGCUCUAUGUGGUACAGCAGCAGCAUCUUGGCUCCAUCCAAUGGUCCGUCGUGGCAUCUAACCUAAAGGAAACCACCUACACCGUCACCACGUUGUCCAAGGGAGUACGAUACGCAUUUAGGGUCCUUACAUCCACAGGAAAGAGUCUGAGCAAACCAUCACCCUCCACUGAUCUAGUCCAGCUGCUUGAUAGAGGGCCGUAUUUGAGGAAAGCCCCAGUCAUUGUGGAUAAACCUGAUAUUGUGUACGUGGUGGAGAAUCAGCCUACAAGCAUAACCAUCACGCUGAACCACGUGCACGCAGUGGUCACCUGGAAAAGGAGGGGUGUGGUGUUGGUUAACAAACUGGGGACUUACGAGAUGAGCAUGCCUGAUGAUGAUCAGCACACGCUGAAGCUACUGCGGGUCAGAAACUCUGACAUCGGUCAGCUGGUGGUGACGGCUAGCAACCAGUUUGGCAGUGACCUCUGCACGCUGCAGCUGGUCAUGGCUGUUCGUCCAAAAUUUGAAACCAUCAUGGAGGAUGUAGAUGUGCACAUCGGGGAAACAACCCGUUUGGCUGUUGUGGUGGAAGGGAAGCCAGAUCCAGACAUUCUUUGGUACAAGGAUGAUGUCCUCCUCUCUGAAAGCAGCCACUUCACGUUUGUGUAUGAUGACCCUGAAUACUCCCUGGUGAUCCUCAGCGCUCAGCCAGAGCACUCUGGCGUGUACACCUGCACAGCCCAGAAUCUGGCUGGCUCCUGCAGCUGUAAGGCGGAACUCACCGUCCACACAGAGCAACUGGAGCCGGCGCAACCAAUGGAGGACGAGGCGUCCAUUCUGAGGAAGAUGAGGCGCUUAACGGAUUACUAUGACAUCCACAAAGAGAUAGGGAGGGGAGCCUUUUCUUAUGUAAAGAAAGUGACCCUGAAGGAGGGGAAAGCUGAAUUUGCCGCCAAAUUCAUCACUGCACGCGGGAAAAGGAAACCCUUGGCCCUACGAGAGAUGGAUCUACUGGCCGAGCUGGACAACGAGAGGAUCCUGUACUUUCACGAUGCCUUCGAGAAGAAAAACAUCGUCAUCCUCAUUACCGAGCUAUGUCACGAAGAGCUGCUGGACAGGAUGGCCAAGAAAACAACAGUCAUGGAGCUGGAGAUCCGCAAAAGCAUUCAACAGGUUUUGGAAGGGCUUCGGUACCUUCACCAAAAAAGCAUUGCUCAUCUCGACAUAAAGCCUGAAAAUAUUUUGAUGGCAAGCCCCAGAUGUGAUCAAAUCCGCAUUUGUGACUUUGGAAAUGCACAAAAAUUGGAAAACUUGGAAGAACACUACUGUAAAUACGGCACACCUGAGUAUGUUGCACCUGAGAUCGUGAACCAAACUCCAGUUUCGACAACUACAGACAUUUGGCCUGUGGGUGUCAUCACAUACCUCUGCUUGACCGGCGUUUCUCCUUUUGCUGGCGAGAAUGACAGAGCCACUGCCCUGAACAUUAGAAACUACAACGUCGCAUUUGAGGAAGGCAUGUUCUCUGGCCUCUGCAAGGAAGCAAAAGGAUUCGUCAUUAAGCUUUUAGUCGUUGACCGACUGAGGCCAAGCGCCGUUGAUUGCCUCCGCCAUCCUUGGUUCAAGUCACCAACAAAUAAAAGCAUUUGUACGGCAAUGCUGAAGCAAGUUCUUUCCAGGAGGCGAUGGCAGCGUUCUCUAAUCAGUUACAAAUCUAAGAUGGCGAUGCGCUCCAUCCCGGAGCUGCUGAACGACUCAUCCAGCCAUGUCUCCAUCGCUAUCGCCCGGCAUUUGAAGGACAGCUCCCCACCGCCUUCCUCUUCUUCUAACUCGGAUGCAGAUGUGGAUGAGCUUCCAUUCAUUCCCAUGCCGCUGUCUAUGGUCUUCUCCAGCUCCAGAGUCUCCCUUAAUGAGAUUCCAGGGGAUGAGGAGGUCAGACAGCCAGUUGUUGUUGAGGAUGCGAGCAAAAAGAUUGUCUUGGAUGAAGCUGGUAGACAAGAGGCGACCGGAGGGAUUGAAGAUAAAGUAGAAGUGAAAAAAGCCCAGCGAGCGAUGGUCAGCAAAGGAUCAACUGUGGAGCCUGAUGAGUCGCAGACAAAAACGAGGAGGGCCACGAUGAGGAGAGGCAGCUCUGCUGAUUCAGCUCUUCUUCUCCAUAUAGAUUCAGGAAAGGAGACGAACAAUGACGACUCUGAGGAAAACAAGAGCCUUAAAAAGGCCAUUUCCAUGGAGAUCCCCAAUCGCAGCCCCAGCCCCGGAGCGACCAACUUAAGUCAAGAAGAUUACGCCCUAAAACUGGAACUGAUGAGACAGCGACUCCUCAGGGGGGGAAGUGUGGAUAAAAAGAUGAGCGGCCUGCGUGGGCCCUUGUUCGAAACACUCGGCAUUGAUGGUCAGACCCAAACAGGUUCUCUUGAUCGCAAUUUGAGGAAAUCCAGAGCAGGACCAUCGAUAAUACGAGCAGCAUCAUCUGACAGUCCAGGAGAGGACACCCCAAAGACCAAAGUUUUCCGCAAAAGUGUCUCCUUCACACAGGAAGAUUCAGAACCGAUGCCCCUGCGUCGGAGAUCCGGAGCCCCCUUAGAGAUUCCGUCCGCAAGCUACACCAGCGUAGAUGGGAAACCUCUCCAGGAGGCAACCUCUGUGUCUUCGCUGACGGAACAAACAUUAGAGUUGGCAAAAGACAGAACAUGCUUUGUGUUCCCAGAACCAGCAAGCAAGGACCAAGAACAGAAACUAAACACUGAAAGCAAAUAUGACGACGAGGAACAAAGGACCAAAACUUUGCCAGAGAAACGAGAAAAAGUCAAAUCGAAGUCAACAUCUCCAUCUCUUAUUACUCCAAUCAUUGUUAUAGAAGGGGAUGAGGAGGAAAUAAAGACGAAAACCGAUCAUAAGUUGCGCAUUAAUGGGAAGGUAAUGAAAGGAGGGGAGGAGAUGUCCAUUAAGCCAAAUGAUGCCACUUCUGCUGAUACACUUCAGUCACCUGAGCACCCUGCAGUUUACGCCAAGGUAGCAAUCCUGGACCGUCCCAUCUCUUCCUCAUCGACCCCUGAUCUCCCCACCAUCCCACGCCACCCAGUCCUCAGAACAGACAUCAAAGACAUCGAAUCGGAGCAGGUCUUCGAAACCAGGUUUAAGAAGCGUGAGUCCUCCUUGACUCGUGGCCUCCGCAAGCUGACCCGAAACAAAUCAGAGGAGAAAUCGCCCAUCCUGAACCGCAAGGCGCUUGAAGGGGGAGAAGACGUAUACAGGCCAGGACCAAAAGGAUCGCCCCUUGAAAUGGUUUCCAAAGGAAUACAGGAGAGAUCCAAGUCGGUACAAGAUUUAAGAGAAGUAAGUCGAGACACAGGCUUUGGUCUGAUUGGAAGGUUUUCGCUGCGUAAAACAUCCGCUGAGAAAAAGGAAGAGAAGCAAACAAACAUAGAGGAGAAUGCGGCAAACAGGAAGGUUUUGUGGACCGUUGGUCGCAGCAAGUCCCUGGAUACAAAAGAUAUAACCAGCUCCGGCACACAGAGGCAGCUGGACGAAAGAGGCCAGAAAAAAGUGGAGGAGUCAUCGGUUUCUGCCAUGAGGCGCAGGUUUGAGUCCAAGGUGGCUGGAAUCUCAGCUAAAAUAAGGAGUCAGUCAGAAGAGAGGAGGACUAAAGAAACCAGGGGGAGCCAAAAAGAACUGGUUGAGAAGGAUAUAAAGAAGGUUUCGGACUCUCCCGUGCUUGCGAUGCGUCAUAAAUUUGAGAACAAGGUGGCGGCAAUUUCCACAAAAAUCCGAAGUCAGUCUGAGGAUAGAAUAGGAGAUGUUGACGGUAGGAGCACUCCCUUAUUAUCUCGCCACCGUCACUCCCACUCAGAGGGUCGUGGUCUUAAAGGGAUGGGAAUUCCAGAGAAUCAACUCGCGAAGCAAAGUGGUGCCACCACGUCAAAGGAGUCCAUUGAAUCCGCAACCAGCACUCAGUCUGAAAAAGAGAGUGACCGGCGAUCCCGCUGGGACAGGUGGGGUCUGACGAGAGCCAAGCGGGAAAAAGCGCCAUCCCAGCCUGAUUUGGCCACAAAUGACCCAAAAGGGGACAGUCUGACCAGAAGCCAACAGUUCAUUCGCUCUGCAUCCGAUUUUGCUCCCGUGUUCCACAUCAAGCUGAAAGACCACGUCUUAUUGGAGGGGGAGUCUGUCACUCUCAGCUGUCUCCAUGCUGGCAGUCCCCAUCCAGAAAUCACAUGGAUGAAAGAUCGCAAACCGCUGGACACAACGGACAACAGAAUCAAGCUGACCUCUCACCCAGACGGAAGGCAGCUGCUUAUCAUCUCCAAAUCCAGCCACAGGGACACCGGGGUGUACGAAUGUGUCGCAACCAACCCCAUAGCCACCAUCACUACCUCCUGUACCCUCUCUAUAGCCAGUUUCCCAAAAAGACCCGGGACCCCCGAAGUGGCUCAGACCUACAACAACACAGCUCUGGUGUUGUGGAAGCCAGCAGACACAAAACCCCCAUGCAGCUACUCUCUGGAAAGAAAAGACGAAAGGGAAGCAAACUGGGUACUGGUUGCAACCGGAAUUGCUGACUGUUACUACAAUGUGACUGACCUGCCAGUAGGUGGAACUUACAAGUUCAGGGUCUCCUGUGUUAACAAGGCGGGACAGGGUCCAUACAGCUGCUGCUCUACUCCAGUAACCCUGCCUGGAACAGCUGAUGGAACCUCACCUACUAUUGCUGUGGUAAAGACGGUCCCAACGCUGCCUGCACCAGAAUCAACCUCCAAUAGAACCGUUACUCAGCUCAAACCGGUCCAAAACAACCAUCUAAAGGCAGCAUCAUCCCUAAAUGAUCCUCCUCAAACUUCAUCCCCCAAAGUGGUGGUCAUUCCCUCCACUUCUCCCCCUUUGACUUCCACACCUUCAUCAAACCCGUCUCUGCCGUCUUCUGAUAGUGACCCUCAAAAACCAGGCGCCUCUCUUCCUUUUUCCACCCCAAAAGCCCCUUCACCCUUUGACAUCCCAAAACCACAGAGUCCAGUCAACGUAGUGACCCCUUUGACCCAGAGCCCGCCCACAUCGGCCCCACCUCCCCCUGAAUUCCCACCUCCUGCCCCAACAAAACCAGUGUCUGUGCCCACUUACACGCCGGUAAGUACAGCCACGGCUCGCGUAGCGCCAACUCCCAUCACUUUUUCUCCUCAAAUGGUCCAGACAUCCAGCCUGACCCCCGUUGCUGAGGGAGCUAGUACCCCCUCCAGAUGCACACCAUCAGGCCGCUCCACGCCCUCCACAACUCUACGUCAAGGAGUUCCUCAAAAACCUUACACUUUCUUGGAGGAGAAAGCCAGGGGGCGGUAUGGAGUAGUUCGUGAGUGCAGAGAGAACGCAACGGGUAAAAUGUACAUGGCAAAAAUCAUUCCCUACACGCAAGAAAACAAGAAGGACGUGCUCAAGGAGUACGAGAUCUUAAAAUCCCUGCACAGUGAUAAGAUUAUGGCACUGCAUGAAGCCUACGUCACUCCACGCUACCUGGUGCUUGUGGCAGAGUACUGCACCGGAAAAGAGCUUCUGUACACCCUCAUAGACAGAUUCCGCUACUCAGAGGAUGAUGUAGCAUCUUAUCUGGUCCAGAUCCUCCAGGCAGUUGAGUACCUACAUAACCGACGUGUCCUCCACCUGGACCUCAAGCCAGACAACAUCAUAGUGACCAACCUUAACGUCGUAAAAGUUGUGGACUUCGGCAGCGCUCAGAGCUUCAACCCACUCAGCCUGCAACAACAAGAGUCCGGAGCAGGAACACUGGAGUACAUGGCUCCUGAAACAUUGAAAAGGGAAGUUGUUGGUCCUCCAGCUGACAUGUGGACUGUAGGAGUUGUUACCUACAUCAUGCUAAGUGGCCGGCUGCCCUUUGAAGACAAGGAACCGCACCAAGUGGAAUCCAAAAUUCUGAUGGCGAAGUUUGACCCAUCAAAACUUUACCCAAAUGUGUCCCAAAGUGCCUCAACUUUUCUCAAGAAGAUGUUGAGCAGUUACCCAUGGGCCCGUCCGACCACACGUGACUGCUUCUCGCACGCCUGGCUGCAGGACUCUUACCUGAUGAAGCUCCGGAGGCAGACUCUGACCUUCACCUCUUGCAGACUGAAAGAGUUCCUAGUAGAGCAACAAAGUCGUCGCGUUGAGAGCGCCACCAAGCACAAGGUGCUACUCCGCACCUACCAGGGCUCACCCCGCUCCACAGCCUCUGGCCCCACGACCCAAGUCCCUGCUUCUAAGUGAAGGUUUGUGGGGUUGGAUACUCCAGAAACAAGUGACUUUUUGCCUUUUUUGGAAACUUUUUGGAAGCAAGUAAUUCAGAACAAACUGUAAAUGGAAACUCAAAAGGGACGAUGCAGGGUGUUCUUUUCGUUUUUUUUUCUCCACAUUGCAUUUUACACCUGAAAGUUGCACAUUUUUGAUUCAAACAAGUUUUCUUUCUGCAAGAUCACCCUCAGUAUUUCUUGUUUUUGUCACUCAAUUUAGUGGUAAUCAACUCAUGUGAAUGUAUCAUGAUUUAAGCUGCUAACUUUUUAGUUACUACUUUUUGAAACCAAAAAAAUAAUCCUUGAUUUUUUUUCCCCCCGCGGAAAUUUGUUUACGGUUUUAAUGUUAAUUUAUUUGCAUGUGCAAAAUCAUUUUUUGAGUCACUUUUUGAAAUUAGCAAAGAAUAAUAAAUCCUUAAAAGGAUCGUCCUUGUGGUUGGCGUUGAAGGUCAAACCGUGAAACUUUUUUGAGGAGCUAGAGGAAUUUGUCUUACCGCCUUUUGUUCUAUGGUUUCUUCUCAAAUCUGUGUUGCAGCUGUGAAAAGCAGUAAAUAAUGUAGGUACAACUGGACUUUGAAACAAAUUCACAUCUCAACUGAUGUUUUGCCACUGGUGUUUUUGCUCCGCUUGCUCCAGUCUACUUUAAUCUGUUGACUUGGAAACUGUUGUUAAAGUGUCUCCACUGUUAAAGUAAAGCUGAUCAGGUCUGGACAAUAAACCCACUAAGAGUAUAGUAUAUAUACAUAUAAAUAUAUAUAUAUGUACUACGGUACAUAUAUGUACUACGGUACAUCCAUGCAGUUUUUGUAAUAUUGGAACAUCUUGUGUGAUUACUGCGUCUUCAGUGUUCCUUUUGUAUGACUUUGGAUGCUUGGAGGUUUCUAAGUGUAAACAUUUGCAGUGUUUAUAUGUCAAAAAAGAUCACAAUGUUUUUAUUAGAUAUAACUAAUAAACAUUUGAUGCAACUAA